AUGGCCAAAGAAUCCCUACCACCCUUUGGAGGACAUAGAAUCAACCCUGGAAUAAACGGAAAACAGAUUAACAUCCUUGGACACAAUAACUCUACCCCACACUACCUCAAUAGUGAACCAGAAAUUCCCAAGUACUCUGGAGGAAGAAGGAAGAUAGUCAAAAUCAAACCCUUGGACAAGAACCUUUGUUUUGAUGGCUCCAACAUGCCCAUAGAAGAAUUCAUCAGCAAAUAUGAAGAAGCUGCAGAAACUGUUGGAGCAAGCUCUCAAGAUUUGGCCAACCAGAUAUUGCCCUUUAUCAGAGGACCAGACCUGCAAGAUGAAGUGGAGGAGAUGUAUGGAUAUGAAAACAGCAAUUGGAAAAACUUUAAGGAAGAAUUAAUGGGAAGAUUUUCAAUAAAACUCACCCUGGAAGAAUGUGCUAGAGAGGAAUUGGUAGAUUUGGUCAGCUAUGUUGCAAACAUGGGUGGCAUCAGCACUCCAGAACUAUUUGGACAAUUCAUAUUACAAGUUGAACACAUUGCUCACCACCUAAUCAUGAAUGGAUACAAUUCCCACAUGGAUGAAUUUUCAAACUUAUUUUGGCAAUCCCUCAGCCCAAAUUUGGAAAAAGCCAUAUCUGAUCCACUUAUCUGGGAUGGUCACUUGGUUUUGGAUGAAAAUUGUCACAUUGCAGAACUACCAUCCUAUAAUAUCAUUUUGGAGUAUAUUGGUAUGGAGUUUGAGAAAAUGGAUGUUCUUCAAGAAAUACCUGAUCAACCUGAACAAAAAAUUGACCAAACCCAUCAGAAUUACUAUAAAGUAAACCACAUGGAAGAAUAUAGCUCAGAAAUCCAGUCACCUCUUACAGAAAAGUUUCCCCCAGUACCUUCUUCAACUUUGGGUUCCUGCCCCCUGAUCCUGGAAAAUGACCCUUCCCUGGAACAAUUGGAAAAAGAAGAAACCAAAGACUUUGGAUCAGAAAUAGAAAUCUUACCAGCAAAAAUUCCUCCUGGAACAUUCUCACCAUGUGCCUUGAUAGAAGAAAAUUGCCCCCCAGUAAUAUCAGUAACCUUGGAAUUUUCCCCCCUGAUCUCUCAAAAUUGUGAAGAAUUGGAACCCUUGGACAAUGAGGAAAAAGAAAAUCCUGGACCAGAAAUUGCCACCUGUGAAGAAAUUAGACCUACAGAAGAGACUCUACCAGUAGAAGAAAUCCCAGGAAGUCUUGGAAAUCUAUUACGUGUGAACCUUGAGGAAAAACUUGGAGAAAAGUGGAUGUACCAUCCUCAAGCCCAAUAG